AUGGCAGCCCGCCGACAAGCCCAGCGUCUCACGACCAAGCUUGGUCAGGCCUCUGCACCGCGGUUCACUCGCCAAUUGAACGCCACGAGGCAGUUCUGGUCCAAAUCUGGACCUGGCCAGUCUUCCAAGACCUCCUGGAGCUUGAUUUAUGCUGCAGGAGCUGUUGGCUUCGCCGCCCCUCUGGCUUACUACAAUGCUACCGAGAACGCUGCGAAGCUCGAAGCUACGACCCUCGCCGAGAAGGAUGCAUUAAAGAAGGCCGAAGCCGGCGUGACCGAGAGCUCCUCCAUGCGCCUCAGGAUGGAGAAGUUCAUCAAGGAACAACAACAGAUUAUUGUUCGGGAACUGGAGAGGGUCGAUGGCCACAAGUUCCGUCAGGAUGAGUGGACACGCCCCAACGGCGGCGGCGGCAUCAGCUGCGUUCUCCAAGACGGAAACGUCUUCGAGAAGGCCGGUGUUGGUGUCAGCGUCGUCUACGGCUCCCUCCCCAAGCCUGCCAUUGCCAAGAUGAGGGCCAAUCACAAGUCCAUGGAUCCUAAUGUCGAGUCCCUCGAGUUCUUUGCUGCUGGUCUCAGCAUGGUUCUACACCCUCGAAACCCCAUGGCACCCACCGUCCAUCUCAACUACCGCUACUUCGAGACUGCGAACCCUGAUGGAACUUCGCAGGCCUGGUGGUUUGGUGGCGGCAGUGACCUGACACCCUCUUACCUGUUCGAGGAGGACGCUGUUCAUUUCCACCAGACCCUCAAGGACGUCUGUGAUAACCACGACAAGACAUACUACCCCCGCUUCAAGAAGUGGUGCGACGAGUACUUCUUCAACAAGCACCGAGGUGAAGGACGUGGAAUUGGCGGCAUCUUCUUUGACGAUCUCGAUGAUUCGGGCCACGACCGCGAGAAUACAUUCGCAUUCAUUCAGGACUGCCUCAAGUCUUUCCUGCCUUCCUACGUCCCCAUCAUCGAGCGACGCAAGAACAUGAACUUCAACGAGAAGGAGAAGGAAUGGCAGCAGAUCCGACGUGGCAAGUACGUCGAGUUCAACCUUGUCCACGAUCGUGGCACUGCCUUCGGCCUCAACACGCCUGGAUCGCGAGUUGAGAGUAUUCUCAUGAGUCUGCCACGCACGGCUGAGUGGAAGUACAUGCACGAGCCCGAGCCGAACACUCGCGAGUCGCUCCUCACUGAGAUCUUGAGAAAUCCCAAAGAAUGGGUAUGA